AUGUCAUCAACAACGAACAACAGCUCGACGGUAGCUGAAUCUGCAGAGAGAAUAAAGUUAAAUAAUUUUUUCGAAUGCCUUUCGAAUAAAAAUGUGGCUCCUCUGUGGAUUUCUCUCCAAAAAAUGGUCCCACCCAAACCUAACCCCACUGGAGUCAUCGCUUUAUGGCCUUAUGCAUCGAUGAGGCCAUCUCUAAUAGAAUCAGGGACUGUCGUUUCCGCCGAAGAAGCAGAAAGGCGAGUCCUCAUGCUCGUAAACCCUGCCUUAACUGCCCCUUACACGACUGAUACAAUAUAUGCUGGGCUACAACUCAUUCUUCCGGGUGAAACUGCCCCGGCUCACCGGCAUAUGGCGUUUGCUCUUAGGUUCAUCAUUGAAGGUUCUCAGGGCUUUACGGCUGUCGAAGGCGAGAAGAUUAUGAUGGAACGAGGAGAUGUUAUUCUAACUCCAAGAUGGGGUUGGCAUGACCAUGGAAAUGAUGGAUCCGAUCCCAUGAUCUGGCUAGAUGGGCUAGAUUUGCCAGUGUUUAGACUCUUGCCUAUUAACUUUGCCGAAAAUUAUGAACACAAUAGAUACCCAAGUGAACUUGUCUCUGAAAGCAAGUUCAAGAUAACUUGGUCGACAGUGUCCAGGGAUUUGGAUACUGAUAAAUUAGUUCAGCCGUAUGCGCGAUAUGACUAUCGUUUACCAGAUGGAUCGCAUGUUUCAGAGACCAUUUCUGCACAGGCAGAACGGGUUACAGCUGGAUAUACUACACAGAAAUCACAAGAAACGUGUUCAUUUGUAUAUCAUGUCUACGAAGGACAGGGUUAUUCAACUAUUCUGCCCCCAAACGGACAGGAGCAAAAAGUCAGUUGGGAGGCGAAAGAUACGUUUAGUGUUCCGGCAUGGAGUGUUAUCUCCCAUACCUGCACAAUGAACAGCGGUAAUGCCUAUUUAUUUGCUAUUAAUGAUCGGCCUAUGGUGGAAGCUUUAGGUUUUGCGAGACGUGAGAGAUAUUAG